CCAACGUCGUCUAAUACGUCGUUACAUUUUCUCUUUACUCUCUCAUUUUAUUUUAUCUUUUACAAUAGUAAUUUAUCCAUAAUUAUUACUAAAAUAUUUGAUAAUUCCUCUCUCAACCUCAUGGCCUUUUAACUUACCACUCUCUCUCUCACUCUCUUUCUCUGUCCAUCUUUGCGUCUUUGCCAACCCCCUUAUAUUACUUUUCGCAAUGAAUAAAAAAAACAUCUGAUCAUCAUUGACAGAACAGGGAAAAAGAUUUUUCGGGAAUCUUGAACGCAUUUUCCUUCAAGCCUUUUUCCCCAGCUCGACGCUCUGUUUUUAAACUUCGCUCGUGCUUCACAAGUUUUUCAGUGGAAGAUUAUUGCAUCAAGGUGGAUAUAUUAAAACCAAUCAACGCACAAAUAAAAUACAUACAUAUAUAAGAAAUAAAAAAAAUUGUACUAAAUCGCUCCACGUCGUAAUUAGUUAUUCACUUAUCUAAGAGGUUGUUUUUUAGUGAGGUUUUAAAAAGUAUUAAGUAAAGAUAAAAUAAGAGUAAAGUAGAAGCGAGACCACGUGAAGAAUUGUGAUUGUUUGUGAUUGUUGAAAAUUACAUUUGAUAGGUUGUGUGAGAAUAGUAGAGGGUAAAUAAGGGAGAAUUAAUAAGCGUGAAUACAAGAGCAGAUGAGGCCACGAUCAACCUGCGUCCAGGAGGUGGAGGAGUACCGGUGUGACCUGCGCUACGGUUAUUUCGGGAAUACAUGUUUCUGACAACCAGACGAAGAUAGAAACGGACGUACGGUUGUGUGCCACAGCGGCCCCAGUCCUUGCGAGUACUCGAUGGAUGAGUUCCAUCCAUUCAUUGAGGCCCUUCUUCCAUUCGUGAAAUCGUUUUCUUACACGUGGUUCAACUUACAAGCAGCUAAAAGGCGUUACUAUAAGAAACACGAGAAGCGAAUGAGUUUAGAAGAAGAACGUCAAUGUAAGGAAGAACUACAGAACGAAAAAUUAGAAGUAAAACAGAAAUGGGCCUCGCGGCUCUUGGGAAAAUUGAGGAAAGAUAUAACACAAGAAUACAGAGAGGACUUUGUCCUGAGCAUAACAGGAAAAAGACCGGCAAUGUGUGUAUUAAGCAAUCCUGAUCAAAAGGGAAAAAUGAGACGCAUCGACUGUUUGCGACAAGCGGAUAAGGUUUGGAGAUUGGAUCUAGUGAUGGUGAUCCUGUUCAAGGCAAUACCCCUAGAAUCAACAGAUGGUGAGCGUUUAGAAAAGACCGCCGAGUGUGCCCAACCAGGUCUAUGUGUGAAUCCCUAUCACAUCAAUGUCUCCGUCCGGGAACUCGAUCUCUACCUCGCCAACUUUAUUACGAGUCACGAAGUGCUUAAUGGAAUUUGCAAUACCAAUAAAGAAGAGGAACGACGACGGAAAGGUGGAGGGUAUCACGAACUGUAUAAUGGUGUCGUAUGCAACGAUACGAUCCUAGCUACCGGUGUCUUCAGCUCAAAGGAGCUUUGGAUGCUUUCAAAAGCGUCCAUACUGCAUGACCUCAGCGACAUGCAGCCUCAAAUAAACGCGAUCAAAAUAGAGCACCCGCCGUACUACUGCAGCAGCUACACACCUCCGUCCGCAGCCUCCGCUGCGGAUCAUGCUCAGCCCGCGGCAAGCUUUAGUCCACCCCCGGUUCAUCAAUUAAUACGAAAUGACAAGACUGAUAAACCCCCAGUUUCCGUAUCGAGUGCACCGAGUUUUUCACCUGUCCUAAGGCCCGAAGAUGGUCACCGUACAAUGGAUUCACCGCAUUCUCAGGCUGGAUUGCAUUCACCUCAUGAGGGUCUUGCUAGUGGUUCUAGUCAGGGCGGUGGUAUGGCCAGCCUCGCCUAUUACCAGCCUGAGCACUCGGUCUCGAGCGGGGUCGUCAAGUAUCCUGAGAAUGGCCACGACACACUAUCCGAUUUUGUUACGUUCGUUUGUCAAGAGGCUGAGAAUACUCAGCAACUUCCCCAGGCACAAUUAACUGGUCAACGUUCCGGCGUACAAAAGUUCUCACAGUAUUACCCCAGCUCAAUGUUACCGCCACCACCGCCUGCACCAAUGGCAAGGCCAGUGGCAAUAAUACGCUCAACCGGUGAAUUGAGUGCAACAGGUUCAACAUCACCACCUAAUUCGUCCACAUCACCGAUAGAUCCUGCUGAUCUAAAUAGCACCAGUCAAGAUCAGCAAUUGGCAGCGGCGGCAGCAGCUGCUGCUGCUGUCGGUCUUGUUGGCCCUGGCUGUCAAAGUAGUGUGGAUGCAACUGGAAGAAAAAGCCCCGCUCGAAUUCUCGUUACUGCACCACACACUAGUCGCGAAUAUACCUUUGCGCAUUUUCACUCUCAGCCUGGCCAGCAAAUAUUCACCUAUCCAACAAUCAGUUCAAUGUCCGGUGUGAUAUCACCAACCAAUCUUUCGCUCUUCUCGUCACCUGUAUCAGUGACAAGGCCUGUGGCAACUCAGAGAUCGGUUACAAGUAUUCCUCCCCGUUGGAACACGGCACCGUUCAUCAAUCUCGAAGAUGAUUAUAAUAUGAUUGCCCCGAUUAUUGCCGGUACACCCGGGGAAGCCUCCACCUCAAUAGAGGAUGACAGAUAUUUUCAUCCAGUACACACGAGCAACAUGGAUAAAAGCGGCUCUGGGCCAUUGAUUGGCAAUGAACUUGUCAAUCAGGAUCCAAAUACUCAUCAUCAUCAGCAUCAUCAUCACCACCAUCAUCAUCAUCAGACUCAACCCCAGCAGCAACAACAAAAUCAACAGCAGAUACUCCAAGAAAAGAAUGGUCGAUCAAAAUCACCCCCGUGACCCAUGGAUGCUCGUUGCGCGCGUCACCAAGAGGCGACCUUGCCAGCGGGAUCACCCUUUGGAGCUCUCUCUAUGAGAGUUUCCUAAUUAUAAGAGAGUUACUUUCUUGAAAUAUAUUGUAUCGUAUUUCUUCUUCGUCUUUCCACUUGACACUUCUGGCAAUCACUCUUUGAAAAUCUUUAUUUCGCAAAUUUGAACCAACAAAUUAUACUAAAUUCCAUUUAUCCCCUCUUAAGGCCCGGUUGGAUUAUAUUUCCAACGUUAUCCAGAUAGAUUUUUUGUUAAUACUAUUUUUGUUUUGUUAAGUUUUGUUCCACCAUAUUGUUUGUUUCCUUGUUUUUUUGUUUUCAAUCAAUUGUUUUUCAAUCAAACAUUUCAAUUUACAGUCUGUAGUAACAGUAUAUGAGUAAGUAAUUUAUUCGAGUGAUAUCAAGUGGUUUGGUCCGUUGUGCAUAUGCUGUGUACAAAAGAAAUUUUCGAUAAAGAGAAAAGAAGAAAAACAACAGAAAACCUAUCCAUUUAAUGUGAGAAAAAUAAUCCAUCGGGGCCUUAACUUUCUACAUAGAAGAUUGCUAUAGAGAUAUUCAAUCCAUGAGUUCAUCAUUGUAAAAUUUAAACUAGUAAUAUCAAUAAUUGGACGUUAUGUUACGCAUUAAAAGUUUAAUUUUUAAAGAUAUAGUUUGCCAAAUGAAUUGAGCUAAUAAUAAAAAUUUUAAAAAUAUUGACUAUAUUUUAUGCCUAUAUUUGCUCAGAUUAAUUACGUAUCGGUCACCACAGACUCUUGAGUAGAACCAAUAGUAAAGAUAAACCAGAAUAUACUAAUGGUUGUAGGUACUAAAGUGAAGGAAGAGAGUGAAAAAUGGAAAAAAAUUCUCUGGCAUAAGACGUUGAGUGAAUUUCAAUUAAGAAUUUUUGUGAAUAGAUGUGACAUUUUCAUAAUAUACUGUGUGCACAUGUGUAUGAAUGAAUUAUGUAUUGAUACUAUUAUCAAUCAUAAUGAGUGGGGAUGAUGAUUUAUUGCGAAAUUUAAUUUAUUCAUUUGAAUUUUUUUUCUUUCAAAGAAA